AUGAGUUACGAAACAAAUUCUUCGCUUACCAGUGAUAUCAGAGACCACCCUGGCUUUUAUAUAAUUAUACCAGCUGGCUUAAUUGCCGGCUGUAUGAAUGGCAUUUGCUCAGCUUACCUUAUUAUAAGGAUAUUGUGUCGAUGGUGGGUGACUGAUAGAUCCCUAUCGAUGGCUCAUAGGGUGCCAUUUUAUAUGUCUAUUGCCGCUGUUAACGGUCAAACUCUUCAAGGCGUAGGGUGCAAAGUAGCUGGUGGAAUAACAUUCUUUUUUGUCGCAUUUAAUGUGACCUUAGUUGGUUCAUUGUCUUUGACAACUUACCUUCGAAUAUGUAGAAAACUUAUUAUUAACUUUGGAAGAUAUGAUUAUAAAUUAUUUUCUUUCAUUAUUUUAAUAUCUUUAACAUUAACCUUGAUUGGUGUUCACGAUUAUGGUCCAAAUAAAUUUUGGUGUUAUAGUGCUCCAACUGAUCCAAUAACGCCUCUAGUAACUUUAAUAUCCAACAAAAAAAACAUUCGACAACUUGGUUCUGAUGCUGUUAAAUUUAAUCGCAUUGAUCUUAUUGUUGUGAGAAAAAUUAUUGGCUAUAUUCUAAUAUUCCUUAUAGAAUGGAUUCCUACGAUAGUUUAUUUCAUUGCUCAAAUGGUUCAAUACGAUAAUAUAUGGAUUUAUACCGUAGCUGUAGUUACUAUAAAUUUUGGCGGUUUAGGAAAUAUGAUACUAUAUAUUGGGCAUGAAAGUUGGACGAAUAAAUACGAUUCAUCCGACAAUUCUGGUUCUAUUAGAAAUACCAAUGAAAGUGGUGCUUUCAUCUUAAAUAGCUCUAGUAAAAGCAGCAACAACAAUCAAGAAUUAUAUCCUCAAAUAACAGUUCAUAAUACUAUUACAAUUGAAAAAGAAAAUUUUGCUUCUAGUUCAUCAACUUUGGGUUUACCAACUCAGGAACGUAAUUGA